CUGAUCAACUUUGAACACUUAUCAAUGGGCGACGAUCUUUCCAUUGUGCGUGAAUACCUAGAACUAUGUUGCAAUAGUGAGUGUAAGAAAAGAACGUUGACUGUGAUGAAGGAUAUGCCACAGUAUGACACAAACUUCCUUCAUUCGUAUAACGAUGGGCACUUGGAGGUUGUAAUGUUUAAAUCCACCUCUAUCAAGAUCUUCCAAACCUCCCAUACUAUCAUGGAACAGUUUCUCAAAGAUGGCCAAGCUCUCAAAGACGAAGAAGAUCUUGUAAAGAUAUAUCUGGCCACCAUAGGUCUCAUGAUGACAACCAAUGAGAACCACACUGUUAUUAGUAUUCACGAUGAUAUCACAUGGAAAAUGUUACACUGUAACAGUACCACUUUAUCGCAUAUUGAUCCUAUGUUUGAAUCGGAUAAGCUCAUUCUCUGUGAAAUGGCGAUACUACAAUCACUGUUGUGCUCAAACAAGAAUAAACUUAACAAAUCCUCUUCAUAUUGGCACUUAUUCAAAAAGAUGAUGAUAUUUGUCAUAGAUUCUAAAUCUAUAGGGAAGAUCCCCGUGUACUUCUUUGAGUCUACUGUUUUCACAUCGGCAAAGCUUCACAAGUCCAACUAUUACGCCUGGUCUUUCCUGCAGUUCUGCGUAAGCAUUGCGAAAGUACGAACAGAUUCCAUCAAGUACCAUAAAAUUUUGAAAGACGUUGAACAUUUUUGCAAGUUAAACCAAACAGAUUCAAGCGCGUGGUCGUGUAUGGGCAAUAUGUUAGAGAUCAACGUGACAGAGCUGAAGUUGGCUAUUUUUGAGUAUAAUAAGUACGCUACAAGAUCUCAAUUGGAAUUGUCAUAUGCCAAAGUCAUGCUUCUUGUGCCGAGUAUAGGUGAGAAAUUGAAAGAGAUGAGUGCAUGGUUAUGGAAAUCGAAGUGUACUUCUGAAGUUCCCUACCAUACAUUUGGUCGGUUAUUGUUAUAUGCAGUGAAGAAGCAGAACGAACACGUUUUGGUAUGGAACCUUAUGGAACAAGCAGUUGUUCAUUGUUCCGUGAUGGAGGACUUGUGGUUUAAAGAGAGGCAGAUCAACAUGGUUUUGAAGAGAGGAUACUUCACCACAGAUGUUGACCUCAAUAAGGAUUUGGUAUUACGUGAUCGAGUGUUAUCGUAUUUCAACUGGAAGAGACUUCUGAACUGGCAUACUGAGUUCAUAUUCGAUCCAUAUCUACGAGACAUACCGUUAGAUGUCACUCUUGACGAGUAAACUAGCGAUACUUAACUCAAGCAUACAACGUGAUCAAAAA